AGAACCGAAAGAGAUGUUUAGCGGUCGUUGUGAGCUUUGGAAUGCAAGUUCGAGUCAGAUGCAGUGACCAAAGGCUGUCUCAGCCUAGCUAAUUGGGAAACAUGGGUGAAGGUGUUGCACAACAGCACUAAACAACCGCGUGCCUCCUCGCGUGUUUGGCUCAAGAUAUCACUGCGAGAUCUGCUUCGAGUCUUCGUUGGCCAUGUCAACGCUUGCUGAACAUGCUCUUCACCUUUCUCAACUCGGUCAUUCUAUCCAGUCUAACGCGUCUGAUAUCGCGCAAAGACCGGAGCAAGGACAACCAUCAAUUGCAGGACCCUUCACCCGUGCCAUCCUCGAGACACCGCUUGGCGAUCUCAUACGCGAUAUAGACCCAGCAGAAAUUGGGCUCUUUACCUUGGUUCAGCCAACGCAGUCUUUGCCUACACAUGCGCAAGAAGACGUGCCUGUCCCGCCAAAAGGCGAGAUUGCACGCGUAGAGUUCUCUGGCGCAACGCCUUUGCGGAGACCUCCUGCGAGACAAGCAAGGGAUGAUCCUGCGCGUCCCAGGGAGCACGAACCGGAAGUUUACGCUCAGGCAGCAUUGAAAUAUCUCGAUCGAUAUACAUCAAUCAGACCGAUGCCUCGAGCAUCGGAGCAGGCUGAACGGAUUAUUGAACAGCUGUCUGCUGUCCGAGAUAAUAUCUAUGAACUUAGCGAAACACUCAAGCAAAUGAAUGUUGCAGGACCAUCUAACCCACCACUCUCACCUAAGUCGGCUAUCACGGCGGAGGAACGUCACAUUCAGGAGAUCGGGGCGGAAAUGCUCGAGCUCAAACAGAAGAAGGAAGCCCUUCUGAAGAAAAAGACAGGAAUCCGAGCCGCACAUAAACCCGGGGCUCCCAAGUCCAAACCUAGGCCGCCACCGCCACCGACAUCCCCAGAUGCUCAGGAAGAGAGCUUCUGGAAUACGCCAGCUGCUACCGCCCGUACCUUGCACUUCACUGAUGAUCUUCUGACCGACGAAAACAUGGACCUCGCCAAUACGUCUUCAUUUGCCAGCCCGAUACCAGAGAGCAAGUCCCACGCACGAAGUGGACGAGGCAAUCUACGGUCGGAGUCUGCGGGUCGACAUAUGGCUUUCUCAGAACCGGCUGAGAAGGCUGUUUUGCACGAUGAAUCGCCUGAGCUGGAGGAUGUGCCUAUUAACAAUGCGCCUCUAUUACAACAGUUGGAAGCCGCUCGACAUCAUUCGCCCGAGCCAUCUUUGUCUCGCGCAGACGAGGACGACGCGACUAUUAGGAUGACGACUGUACCAGUUGCAGAGGCCGUUCCAACCUCCGCAGAAGAUCAGGUACUACAUUCGGUAUCCUCGGAGAUACCAAGGCGGACGAAGCUGAAGGUAACGACCGAGUUGGAAACCAUUGUGGUCAAGAUUUGGUCAACGGUUGGGGAUAUAAUUAUGCCGGGCAAUCCGUUCGACGUGCAUGGUAUCAACGGCCCAAAACCUCCCCACGCGAAAGAGACUAUCGCGCAUCUCCACUCACUUAGUACGCAAGAACCCGUGCCAGGUUCACCAACCACUUCCCUGUCCUCACUAGCGACUGCGCCACCACCGACUGGCCAGGUUACCACACACCAACUGCUCAUCGCCCAUGUCCUCCUCGCUCUUCUAAACUCUCCGCCACAGUUUACUAUGCCUCUCAACAAGCUUAAAACAUUAAUCACUGAGACUGAUCCUGGGAAGAAACUGAUUGGCACUGCUAUUACGAAACCCAUAUAUGCCCUAGUGGCGAAGAGAUGUUUGAAGAUCGAUCGGAGUGGGAAGGAGCAGGUAGUCAGGUUCAUGGUGUAAUCUUUGCGAUGGACUGUGGUUCUUGUUAGAUCUCAUGUCAUGAAUAUCUUGUAUACCAUUUUACUCUCGCGUGUUACGCGGAUACUAUCGCUCUGGGCUCUGUGCUUGUUUCUGGUGUUUCAGGGUGCUAUUGCUCAUUGGUAUGGCUCAGCAGCAUUCUCUGUGAACACUGAGCACCUUCAUGGCCGCAGUCCAACUUUCAACAUGUGUUAGAAGUGUAUGACUUGCAUACAUUAUUGCGCCACUUGAAUGUUACCCAUCUAGUGUCAUGCAAUUCUGUAAUAUGAAGCUGUCCCGACCUCACUUCCGACGCCGCGCGUCCCACACUAUGUAUCAGUUGCGGUUCUAUCUCGAGACCCGAAAGUUGCCUCCCCAAUGUCCGAUCUCGGGCUCAGAGAGCUGAGGAUCAAUGGGCCUGUUUCGAUGAGG